AUGAAACAGAACAUAGCCCUUAGGAAAAAAGGGAUCUUUCCAGCACGAGUAUUUGUAAAUACCUCGAAACCAGUUUCACUUUUGCCCACGAUCCGUAAAAUGAAUAUAGGAAGGAAUAAGACGAUAUCUGACCAACCCGAUCUGAUGGAUUUCUCUCCGCAGGAGGAUAAACCACCCGAUUUAGAUGUGGAGUAUAAGACUGAUAAAUCGUUAAGGAAGUUUCCAUCCACUACAGCUUCUAAUUAUACUAGUUUAAAUCUGGAUAAUUCUGUGGAGGAAGAAUUGAAAGAUGUAUUCCCAAAACUCCCAAGAGAAGAUCAAGUUGUCAUCGUGGACAGAUUGGAGCUGUUGAAGAACAGCUUAUUGGCCUUGGGAAGUCAAUGUGGAAAUCUAGACUCCAAUACUCUCAGGAAGACUUCAUUACAACACCCCUGUAAAGCUCAUGAAGAGAUGGACUGUUUCGAAACUACAACAAACUCUGUUAAGGAUUUGGUUACACUAUUGGAUUGCAAUAAUCUUAAAACAGAUAUGGAAGCAGUAAGAAAUGACAAGAAGAAGGAUGACAGCGGAAGCCACCUGACCACUGCACAGCCGUUAAGCAUGAUAAAUUUCCAUUCUGCAAUUGCACCAGUGGACUUAAUUCCUAAUUCUGAGGUCCAAAUUUCAAGCUCUUCUAUGGAGGGGAAUCCAUCCAGGUGUCCAACUAAAGGAACGGUUUUGGGUCCUGUUAAAAGCGUCGAGCCUGUGAUGGACUUUAAUUAUCCAGCUGAAUUUACCUAUUGCUCUGGUGAGAGGAGGAGUGUCAUAGACUAUAUUAUUGUCUCAGGAAAUGUGUUAAAUCUGGUUGAACUAUUUGAAGUCUCCUCGUAUUUAGAGAGUGAUCACUUCCCUACUAUUCUGAGAUUUGUGGCACCGAACUGUGAUCCCCGAAUCAUAGAUUUACAUCUGCAGGAGAAUGAGGAAGGAAAUGAGUAUUAUAGGGUACCUUGGAAUGAAAGGAGAGAGAAAGAAAUUGCAGAGCUUUUGAGUUCUGGGGCUCUUGAUGAGUUUUUAACUAAGUUAGGAAUUGAGGGUCAAGAAGACUUACAUCUGGAUGCCUAUGCUCAAAUUAUAAAAGAAAUACAAAAUGUAAUGGGGAAGCCUUGCUCCAAACAAAAUAGAUUAACCAAUAGUAAUUCCAAGCCUUGGUUUGAUAAAGAGUGCAGAACUAUGAAAAGUGCUCUUAAUGCUAUGUACAUCAAAUAUAGGUGUGACGAGGACAAGGAUACUCUUGAGGAUAUGAAAAACUUAAAGAAACAAUAUAAGGCCUUGAUACGGCGGAAGAAGAAGGAAGCCAUAGUCCUGGCAUGGGAGCAACUAAGCUCAGCAUGUAGAGAUAAAAAUCCCUGUUUAUUUUGGAAUUUGGUCUCCAACUGUACUACUAGACCUCCCUCAGUGUGCAGUAAUACAAUUCUCCCUGAAAUUUGGGAGAAAUAUUUUGAGCAGCUCUACCAAGGCCAGGAUGAGGCUGCAACAGAGGACCUGGAUAUAGGUGAGGAGUCAUCCUCUUGUUCAUCUGUCCAACCUGUGUUCCUGGCCAGUUGGUCCAGUCUGUACCAGUACACAUCUGAGCCUCCAGGAAAAUGUUUCCAAAAGGAGAAGAUGGCAUCAGAGAUCUCCCUCUCGUUUUCUGUCAAGAGUCGUUCUGGGCAGGGCCUGAACCAUCAGCUGCAGGAGGCAGCAAGAAAGAGGUUGUGGGCCCUGGAAAAUGAUGAUAAAGAUGUUUGUGGGCUUUUCAAGGAACUGUCAGCAAGGCUGGUAUGCAUCCAGGCACAAGAGGAUCGGUUUUUAUUGUCCUUCAAGACCAUAGAAGAAAUCUGGAAGUUUUCAACAUACUUGGCACUUGGCUAUGUGGCUUGCUGCUUGGAGCAUCUUCUUUUCACCCCAGCAUACUGGCUGAACUGUGCCCUGGUGGAGGACACUGAAAUUACAGUUACUAUAGAUGAAGAUCAUAUGGCCACCAUGUACCUGGGUCUUCUGCUCCAGGAAGGAAACUUCUUUGCCAGAGCAGCGCUCAGUGUCCUCACCGAGGAAGAAGAGGAAGAUUUGAAGCUCUACAAGAGUGAGCUAGUCCACGUGAAGGACAUUGGGCAUGAAGCAAAAUGGGAAGGGACAUCUCUGUCUACAGACCAGCGGGGACUAGUCCCUGUCACAACUAUAGAGCCACUUCCCCAUCCCUUUUACCAGUGGUUUCUGAAGAACUAUCCAAUGAGCUGUGGCAUCUCCAAUCAGAUCAACGGAAGUGAUUCUUUGCAGAUUGGCCAAGGGAGGUGCAGAGCCACAGAGGAUCACAGAGGGAGAGGAUGGGAUGAGCUAAGUUUCUGCAAAGGAGACAUCAUAGAGGUCCAGGGCUUUCUCAUUCCAGGCCUUCAGUGGUUUAUAGGGAAAUCUACAACUAGUGGGAUAACAGGCUUUGUCCAGACCAAAUGUGUGCAUCCAGAGACAAAUGAACAAAUAAGAAAGAGUCCAGUAUUUUUCAGUGAACAAGAAGUGGCCUCCUUUCUUCAAGUUCCCUGCAAUGGAAGCGAGACACAUUACAGUAGUCUUCUCAGUGAAUUGGCUCAGACGGACAUUGCCUCUGUGUACAGGCUUGAUGGUUUUGAACCUGUAGCAGUGUUCUCAGAAACACCAUCAGAUGCGGUUGUGCAAGGCCUGAAGGAUGGCUGGACAUUAGAGGGUUGGGGCAGGCAGGUUGCAAAUAGCUUGCCCACCCCUAGUGAUUCAGAGAUGUCCACUCCAGAUGGAGAAUCUUCAUCUUCUCCCCUGGAAAGUUUACUUUUGCCAGAGCCAGAUGACCUUGACGAUCCCAAAUUCUUUAUUGAUUUGAAUGCUGGACACAUAGAAGAAUCUGAUGUUUUUGACCCUAUACUGACUUUCCUUAACCAAGAUGGCUAUGUGGCCCAUUUCGAGGGACUCUAUGACAUCUCCUUUUCCUUCCUCAAUUCCACUUUCUAUGGCUUUUCCAAUGAGGAGGAGCUUGUCUUAUACCUUGAGACAUCCAGGAACUGGGCCAAGAAAGGUCACCUUGCUUGGGCUCACAUUCGAAUAUGCUUUCUUUUGGGCCGACUCUGUGUCAAGAGGGCCAAGUUCUCUCAAGCCCGAGUCUAUUUUGAAGAAGCCAUGAGCACUAUGGAUAAGGGGUUUGAGGAUCUGCUCUUGCUCACCUCCCUGUACACAAACCUGGCUGCCAUUUAUCUGAAGCAGAAGAUGAAGCAAAAAUUCUUGUCUGUGAUUGGGAAAGCGGUGGCCCUUGUAGCUGGCCUUCCAGGGCACUGCUUCAGCUCUGAGAAUGAGCUAGAGGUCAUGCUGUACAUCCUGAGAGAAGCAAUUGCUACGACCAACACUGCCCUGGAAGUCCGUGCCUCCUUCCUUGUUGUCAGGCUCUUCCUUCAGCUGGGCAAAUAUGAUGAGGUCCUGCCAUUUGCAGAACGCCUGCAGUUCCUUUGUGCCAGUUUCUCCAGCCAGGGCUCCAAAGUGCUAUCUUUAGGCACAAUGCCAAUCUUGAGCUACCUGUAUGACAAGAAGUACUUGCCACACAUUGCUUUGGCAUCUGCCAGGCUAUAUUCCCCUAGUGGCAUAACAGUGGCACUCACUCCCAUUUGGAGAGCUGGAUUUAUCCUUAUGAAUGCCUCUAAGCUCCUGAAAGUCCAAGAAAGAAGCUGCAAUGUCCCUGCUGUGGCUUGUUAUUAUCUCAAUUGCGCACUGGCCUUCUCGCAUGAAAAGAAAGCUGUGUCCACUGAGAGAGCUGUGUGUACAGUUUUAGCCAAAAUGUACCUGAAGCAUGGCGUGGUACAGGCAGCUGUUCAUUAUUCCAACAGAGCUGUUGCCCUCGGCAAAAUGUUGGGCGAGGAAGAGGCUUUUGAAUCCUCCCUUUCUUUGGGAUGGAUGUAUGCUUUGAAUGGCCAGCCGGAAAAAGCUUCAGAGAUCAUGCUCUGCCUCCUGCAUUCUCUGCGCCAGACAGACAGUGUGACACAGGAUGGGGUGGUCCACAACCUUCUGGCUAUCGCCCUUAAGGAAGAAGGACAGGUGCAAAAGUCAGCCAAAAACUACCUGUGGGCCUUAAAUAAAGCCCGGGAGACAGGCAACAGGCGGAACCAAGCUAUCGCCUUAUGCAACUUUGGAUGCCUGGCUCUGUCUUGCAGUGCAUACCACCUAGCUGAAUGUUACUUUCUCCAGGCUGUUAGGUUGUAUUUUGAAUUCGAGGGUGGUGAUGAUGCCCAGAUGGAAUUGGUGCAGGUCCUGCUGUGGUUGGCACAAUCCCUGGUGGAGAGGCAUAAAUCAGAAGAGAGCAAGCUGUUCUAUGAGCUGGCCUUGGCAAUUGCCUUGAUGUCUCGCAACAUGAUGAGUCAGCUUCACACUGUUGAAUCCCUCUGCCAUUUCCAUAGCAAAGUGCACCCAAAUACUGGUGCUUGUAUUGUUUACCACGAGCACCAAGUUUCCCUAGCCCAGCAACUCCAAGACAGAGGAAUGGAAGGACAGCUUUUGCAGGUUCUUGGCCAGCUAUACCAGAGUCUACAUACAACAAGAUCUCUGCAACGGGCGCUGGACUGUACCAAGCAGAGUCUGAGAAUCUUCAUCGAUCUCGGGGAGACAGUCAAAACAGCACAGACCUGGCUGCAGGCGGGGAGGCUCUACUAUCAAAUGCAAGAGGACGAACUGGUGGAAAUGUAUUUGCAGGCAGCCAUACAGACUGCACUGAAACCUGGAGAGCUGCAUCUGGCCAUGAACCUGUAUGAAGAAGCUGGUGAUGUCUUCUUCAAUGGGAUCCAGAACAGACAAAGCGCAGUGGAAUAUUACAGGGGAGGAGCCGUUCCUCUAGCAAGAAAGUUGAAAGCCACGCAGACUGAGUUGAGGGUGUUCCACAAGCUGACUGAGCUGCAGAUUGAGCUCCAGAACUAUGAGAAGGCUUUGGAAUUUGCCACCUUAGCAGUCAGACUGAGUGUGGAUGCAGGAGAUCAGUUACAAGAGCUGGUUGCCUUUCACCGACUAGCCACGGUGUACUAUUUCCUGCACAUGUAUGAAAUGGCUGAGGACUGCUACUUGAAGACGCUUUCCCUGUGCUCACCAUCAUUACAAGGUGCUCAAGAGGCCAUGUAUUACUCCAAGGUUUACUGUCGCCUGGGCGAUCUGACCCUGCACAAAUUAAAGGAUGAGCAAGAUGCAGCCAGUUACUUCCUCUUGGCUUUGGCUGCUGCCACUGAGCUCGGUGACCAGGCUUGGCAAGGCAAGAUUCAGGAAAAGUUGGCUCAAAUACACAAUGCUUCCCAGUGGAAUAAGGGCCCAAGAGGAUGGACCACGUAUCGGGCCCGGUGGCUGAGUGAAGGACGACAUGCUGUAUGACAGGUCACAUCGUAUGGUUUGAGUGCUCUCAGACUUCUGAGCCAGAAGAAGUAAAGUUUAUCUUACCUCAGUGCCAAAAAGGCCACAGGUGCCUUCUAAACCAACGCAAAGGGGAGAAAUAUGAUCCAGUGUUUCGAACUCUUGCAUUUCAUGAACUGAGCCGUGAGAAAAUCUACCUGCUGUGUGUGGAGUCAUCUAAGGUUCUAUCAGCAACAGCAACAAUA